AUGCUCGUUGACCUGAAGAUCACCCUCGUCAAACUUUGUCAGGGAAACAAGGCCACGAGAAUGCAGGAAUUAAAAGAUGCGUUGGAAUCGAAGGACUUCGAGAAUGGACUUUACAACCGCUUGUUUGCUUGCAUGUUGUCACCGAAUCUCACAGCGUAUGUCACUGACACUCAGUGUCAUAUAAUGGACUUCAUCGUCAAGAAUAGGGACGUCUUCAAAAUCCCCCCCGGACUUCUCGACGAUGUUGAGCUUAGAGCUCAGUUAGGCAAGGUGGUCACGAAGCUGCUCACAAAUAUUUGUUGUGCCAUCAAGACGGCUCUCACCACAUCGAUUGUCAAGCGCACGAGUGUUGCCGAUGUGACCAGGUCGCUUGCACGUAGUGGGUCUGGCAUGGAGGUUGAUUCUACUCACUGGAACAGGAUUUCACUACUGCGGCGUCUCCUGCGGAUUUUUCUCAUCGGUGUCAGCGAUUACAAAACCGCUUCCAUCAAGGACUUAUUUUCCCCUUACCUUGUUCCAUCGCUCAAGCAGGAUUUACGGGACAAAGUCACACGCGAGCUCAAUAUUGACGUGGAACAGCUUGAAAGGGAGCUAUUUGACGCUGAUUUCGAUAAUGCGCCUAGGACUGAUGUCAAUCCAAGUCAAGUCCCCACAGGCACUCAAGUCAAUGGCAGUCAUGCGUCCAGUGCUGGGAGGGACCAGAAUGAUCCUGACAUGACCUACGGACCACUCACGGAUCAAAGUGGAGUGCAGCAGGAUGAUUUGGACACCAAUGGAGAGGACAACGAGUCAAACGUGAGCGGCAGUGCAAACGGUGUAGUUCUACUCGACAACCCACUUGACUCCGGAUUUGGACUGGUCGAAGGCAUGCCAAUGCGGUACAACAGUACAAUUAAGUUCUGGAACUUCGUCGACCACUCACUCUUAAUGAUGCGCAAGAUGGCUAUUGAAUCCUCCCCAAUCGUCACCGAGCAGGAAAAGGAAUUGCAAAAGUUGUUCAUCGAAAUUUUCCAAGCUGAUCUCGCUGAGUUUCCUGGUAGCAAGAAGGUCUCAAAGCUCAUUUCGAAGACCAACCCACGCUGGCAGACCACCAUUCAGUCCGGACUCAUUUGGUAA